AUGGAGUUCCAGGCCCUGGGAGUUCCAGGCCCAAAACCGAACUUGAUUUGGGGAAACUUCUUGGAGUACUACCAAGACGAUCGAUACAAAGUUAUUGGAAAGUGGCUGAAGAAGUACGGAGAUGUCUUUGGGUUCUACAACGGUGACGUUCCUUUCUUGGUCGUCAAUGACCUUGAGUUUCUGGAAUACGUUUUCGUGAGGAAGUUCGGGAACUUUGUGGACCGCGGCCUGACCAUGUUGACCGACCAAAUGCACCCUAUUCUGGGCAAGAGCAUAUUGCACGCCAAGGGCAACGACUGGAAAAGCAUCCGCAGUUCGGUCAAUUACGGCCUCAGCGCUGCAAAGAUCAAAAUGAUGAUGCCAGAAGUUUGCAAGAGUGCAGAUCUCUUUCUCGAGAGGAUGGAGAAACUCGCCAACGACGAGGUGCACUCGUACGACGAGUACCAGCUCCUGUCCAUGGAUUACACGGCGCGCGGCGCGUUUGGCGUCGACACAGUCUUCCAGCUCGAACCUCACCACCCUCUUCUUACGAUCGCCAAGGGCGUGCUGGACGGAGUCAUGACUGGACCUCUGCACAUGAUCGCGCACUGUACCACAGCCCUUGGUGACAUCAUGAAACCAUUCUAUUUUCUCGUGGCCUCAUUUGGCGAGUUCACCUUCAAGAACUUGGGCGAGGAAACGUCAAAGGUAGUCGAACUGCGUAGAAAAAACCCCUCGAAAAACUCUGUCAUUCUCUCUGCUUUGGGAGUGACAAUGCAUACAUCUGCAGUGGGCGAAGCUACUGGAGAACUUUAUUGCGAUUUUUUUCUUUUUUUUUUACCAACAGCUCCGAAUAGAGGCCGGCAUCUGAGUAAUGAGGAAGUGUUUAUGACAGCAACCACGCUGUUCAUGGCGGGCUUCGACACAACCGGGACUGCCUUGAGCUACACGACUUUCUUUAUUGCCAAACACAAGGAAGUGCAAGAAAAAGUGCGACAAGAAGUAAGAAGUGCACUGGCUGAUGGCACCAGUGUUGAUUACGAGAUUGUUACCAGGAAACUGAAAUAUCUGCAGCAGGUCGUCGACGAGUCACUGCGGCUACUGCCACCUGCUCUUAUAUUCACAACGAGGCGGGCCAAAGAAGACUUCGAGUACAACGGAUUGAGAUUCAAAGCGGGAACGUGCGUGAUGUCACCGACGUAUCAAGUUCACACUGACUCUCGGUACUGGCCGGACCCUUUGGUGUUUGACCCCAACAGGUUUUCGGCCGAGAACGAGACCGCUAUUCCAAAAAUGGCGCAUCAGCCUUUCGGCCUGGGCCCCCGUCGCUGCGUUGGCAUGCGCAUGGCCUUGACGAACAUCAAGUACACGUUGGCAAGAAUUUUAACCAAGUUCACACUCGAACUGGGAGAAAAACAGGAGGGAAGGACCGCAAAUGUGUCCUCGCACUCGAGAAGUGCUUGA